GGCUGGGCCGUGCGUAGGAAACAGUUGUGGGUGUCGGCGUGAGCAGCUGGUAUCAUGGAGGAGCGGGAGGCAUUAGAGAGACAGAUCCGGCUGCUAUCUGCUCUCAUAACGAACCACAAGAAUGUUCAUGGAGAUGUUCCUGUUGUUACAGAAUCUUGUAGUGCACACAGGCAAGGCCCAUGGACUAAAAGCAACCUGAAAUUCACAUCUGUUUGCUCACAGAAGGUUCCAGGGCAUCGUGGGUCAGAAUCCAGUAGCUCAUGGAGGACAAAAUACUCUUUGGUAAAUAAGAAGCCUGGUAAUACAGGUGGUGAGGCACCUAAUGUUUCUCAAGUUCAGAAAAUGCCUGCUGGAGUAUGUGAGCAGAAUACUAUUGGGAAAUGUGUGGUGAAUGCAACUGUCUCAGAAGGUAGCAACUUAGUUAUUAAGUCAGACAGAAAAGUUCAAGCAAAUCCUAAAGCUCAGUCUUUGUUGGACCUGAAUUCUGAGCUUGCAGUGAAGAACAAUAAGCUGUUGGGACUGAAGGAAAAGCUGGAUAAAGUGAAAAUGGCCAGAAAAAUGAAUGGAAUAGAUGGCACAAGGUUCAUCCCUUGCAAAGUGUCUACUGUAAAAAGUGCAUCAAAGCAAGAAGAGGAAAGAAGGGCACAGAAUGUAGGAAAGAAAAUACCAACCACAGCAGCAGGAAAUGUGGAGGAAACUGUAUCUUACAACUGUCGCAAUGUGUUGGUUCAUUGUUCUGCUAAAACUAAAUGCAUGGAGUCAAGUACCACUGCAACAUCUGAGGCAUCAGUGUAUAAGCUUCAGAGAACCUAUGUGAAGGGCAAGGUUCAUUCCAUUGCUGAUGAGACUGCACAGGGAGAGGGUAAAUUCCCUCAAGUCAUGGAGUCAAGUGAUGGUGUCUGCACAGACCUUGAGGUAUCAUCAGGAAAGUCGCACAGAGCUGCUGUGAUGAAUAAAAUUGCUGAGUUGGCUGAGCACUGCAAGAAUGAUUACGUAAAAUUAGGAAAAAUUCAAAAUGCUCUGCACCAAGUGCCAUUUAGUACUUCCCCAAUUAAAAAAUCUAAAUAUACAUGGCAGAAAGGACCAGAUCUGAAUAUAGAUUCUACAUCACAUAGAUGCCAGAAUGAGACUCUGAAAAGAGCCAAAGAAGCAGUCUCUCCAUGUGCUUCUCAGGUUCAAAUGAUGAGUGUGGUUGAUGCCUCUUUAAAAUCAAAAUCCCCAUUGUCACUUAGAGUAGUAAAGAAACAAAAAAUCAGCGCUCCUCUCUGUAACCGUGUGGGCAAGGGUAGGAAAGCAAAAUAUGUUUGGGUUUCUAACACUGCUCAAUUAAACCAACCCAUGAGGUCCAGUGAGAUGACUCGAAAGUCCAUUUCACCAAAGCUAGUUAAAAGUACUAUAAAACGUGUUAUGGGAGGCAAUAGCACAACACUCAGUCUAGGUCCAGGAGUUAGACCUGCAGGAAAACAUAGAAAGGUCGGGAGCUGUCAGAAAAUGGGUGGCUUAUCAAGCAAGUACUGUUGGAAAGCAUUGGAAGCUGUUUCCCCUUCAAAGUCACUUUACCAGUGGAAAUCACAGGACUCUUACAAGGCUAAAUCUUCAGGUCAUCAGACGAAAACUACAUCACUGCAAAAAGCUGAGUUUGCCAUUGAUGUCCCUAAAAAGAUGUUGAACGAAUCUGCAUCUUCACAUUACAAUAUGAAGAGCACAACAAAGAUUAUCAAGAGAAAUGGAGGAAAGAGCUCAUCAACUGAGAAGAGGAUUAACAUUGGUGGCUUGCCGGUUACGAAAAGUCGUUACUUACUCAUAAAGAAAAGCCCUGUGCAUGGGAAAUCACCCCCAGUUCUAAAAAGGACACCUGGCAAAGGGUUUGUGCAAAUCAGCAAACACAGGCUGCAGAGGCUACCAACAUCAGGACCGCAUGGCAGUGCAAAACAAGGUUUAAGUUCCUCAUUCUCAGUGAAAAGCACUUCAAGUAACAGACUAAUCAAUACAAGGUAUAAAAUAGUGAAGAAAAAUGCAAGCUGGAAUAAUUUGCCAACAGCCUCAUCUGGCAUUUCCUGGAAGACUAAAAAGAUCAACAACUCCUGCUUAAGGUCACUCCUGCUGAACCGAGCAAGACUGAGUAGCAAUUAUAGGUUCCUUCAGCAGAGAUGGAAAACAAAAGGCAUGCGCUGCAUCGGGGGAGUGUUGUAUCGUGUAUCUGCCAACAAGCUUGCGAAAAGCAGUUCCAUUCCCAUCAAAACUGGAGUCACAAAUGCAAGGAGUGCUGUGAAAUCAGCAGUCAGAUCGGAAACUGAUUUUGACAGUGGUGACCUCUACCUACCCAGCAGCCUAACCAAGACUUUCACUCAUUGGCACAUUGCAAGCCGUGCCGUGCAGCGCAGCUUGGCUAUAAUCAGACAGGCCAAGCAGAAAAAAUCCAAGAAGAAGGAAUACUGUAUGUACUACAACAGGUUUGGCAAGUGCAACCGAGGUGACAAUUGUCCCUACAUACACGAUCCAGAAAAAGUUGCAGUAUGUACAAGAUUCCUACGUGGAACUUGUAAGAAAACUGAUGGGACAUGUCCAUUCUCACACAAAGUUUCAAAAGACAAGAUGCCUGUUUGCUCUUACUACCUCAAAGGAAUCUGCAGCAGCAAUAACUGUCCUUACAGCCACGUGUAUGUAUCAAGGAAGGCAGAAGUUUGCCAAGAUUUUCUGAAGGGAUACUGUCCACUAGGAGCAAAGUGCAAGAAGAAACACACACUCAUCUGUCCUGAAUUCUCCAAGACUGGGAACUGUACACAGGGCUCCAAAUGCAAACUGCAGCACAGGCAGCAUAAAAGCCACAAGCAAAAAUGCGCUUCUGAAGCAAGUCAGGAUGGAACAACAGAUGAGGGCACAGUUUCAAAGCGGAUCACACUUGCAGAUAAUACAGAAAGAGACAAAGAGGUAUCGAGACAAUUGAACUCAGUGGGAAGAACGGUUUCUUCAUCCGACUCCAGAGAAGUUAGUAGCAGCAGCAGCCAACAUUGGCUUCCAGCAUUCAUUGCUCUUCACUCAUCUGUAUCUUCUGAAGAAAAGAUAGAUUCAGAAGUGGAAGAGGAGAGAGAAGGUGAAGCUUUGGGGAAGCCAAUUCAAAUCAAGCCCAGAUUUUGACUGACAUCUCUAACCGUCCCCUCAAGAAACCAUCUCAACACCAACUAGUGAUUGGAAAUCAGUGAGAGACUCCUUUGGGACAAUUUUACUUUUAAUGAAAUUGUACUAUACAACAUUUAGGCUUGCAACUCUUACUAUUGUUUGGCACAAAAAUUUUCUGUAGAAUUUUUUUUCUUUUUCAAGUGAAUCCUCUGUAAUGAGGACCCACAAAGGCCUUCAGGAAUGCCACAUUUGCAAAUGAAUCAUCAUCAUCUGCCAUCCUGGGGCAAUGAAAGUCAUCUUAUUCAAGCAAAGAUUCUAGUAUAAAUAGCCACAUGGACUCUAAACAUCUGAAAUGUGUUUGAAGUUUAUUUUUCUGUCCCAUUCCACUAAAAUAUCAUGUAAGAACUGUGGAAACUGCCUCCAGUUCCAUUAAUUUUACAAUUUUGAUUCUUACUACUUUGCAUGUUAUACCUUUGGUAGUGGGAGUUUUAUUUGGUUGGGUGUGCUGUAGUCAGAGCUUUGCUCCACAUCAAGCCCCUAUUGUGCUAUGACUUGGAAGGCCUUUGAGCUUACAAUGGAUGCACAGAUGGAAAACUCUUCUUUUCCCCAGUAUAAACAUCCCAUUACCUUGAUGAAUGCUAAAUUGCCAAAAUAAUAGUGCAAACCCAAGCCAUUUCAACCUACUCUCUGAAUUUGGGGAUUAGUUUGCAACUAUGAACUCCUUUCCCUGAAACCAUGUCGAUGCAUUAUUUUAUCUGUUUAUUACAUUUUUAAUUAUAGUAAUGGUGAUAGUUAAUGAAGAGUGCAAUUUUGUUUGAUAGGUAACAAUUUCAUAAAAGUUAUUAACUUUUUUUAAACUCAAAUCUGCCAUUGUUCUAAGCCUUAAAGGCUGUGUUGCACGAGACUAUGCACUGCCUACACAUCCAAUGUAUUAGAAUGGUCAACAGUGACAUGACAGAUCAAAGAGAAGCAGAAGAUCCCUGGGUGAGUUGCAUUUGGGAAAUCCCAGGCAUCUUCUAGCAGAUGUAGACUAGAUGCCUUUAAUACAAUUCCACACCCAAACAGGCUGCCAUAUGUUAGGCAUGGCAGACAAAGGAAAAAGCAGAAUAUUAGAGAAAGGAGGAAUUCAAAGAGGAAAAAGCUUUUCUAGGUGUUAGGUUAGAAAUGGCCAAUUUUAUCCAUAAGAGAAAUGAUAUGCAUUUAUAUUUUUAUUCUUGCAAUCCAUAAGAACUGUCCACUAAAAAUUCUGCAAUUUAAAGACAUUUUAGUACUAUGAUGGAGUUCCUAAUUGUGCCCAUUUGGCAUGUGCAUUGUGAUGCCAAUAAGUAAACCUAGGUUGGCAGGUAAUAACUUAAACUUAUUCAAGUGGAUUUCUGGUGCUCUGGACACAUUGUAAACGAUUUGCUGCCUGUGCCCUGGCUGGAGCAUUGAGCACUAACAGCUGUUCUCUAGUGAGCAGUUUUUGAUGGAAAGAGGAGCACAGAUAGGGAGCGAGGGAGGAACACAACCAGGAAAAUUUUAAAAUGUAUGUUUAUGUAAUUGAUAUGGAAUUAAUGUAGCCUGCACCUUAACUCUAUUCCAAACAGCAGAGCAUCUGUAAAUCCUAGGGUACUUAUUCCCUUAUUAUUGGCCUAAGGCGUGGAGCAAGGUGGGCCUUUUGCACAAGCUCCUGAAUCUCUGCUAGGUUUUGAGGGUCAGGUUUCUGCACCUAAUUUUAUAUGGAGUGGGUGACCAUAGUGCUUCAGCAUAAAUCUUGGUUGUAUUGUUGUUUAGGGAAGAGAAAGUGAUGUUAGGAGCAAAGAUCACAUGUAUGCAAAGACAUUCACAUUGACAUCACCAAGAGGACUAUGUAACAUUAACUUCUGUACACAAUGUUAUGUGUCUCAUCGAUAAAAGGAUUCUUUGUUAUUUAUUGACUGAAUAUGGCUUUCCUGGAGAAUUUAUUUCUAUUUAAUUCUUAUUAAAUGUUAUAUUUUUCUUUCUGUUUACAAAUGUAUUUUCGUGACUUAUUGUUCCCUCCAAAAUUUUUCAAAAAGUCUACUUGUUUCAAGUGUCAUCCAUUCUACCUGCCAAGGGAGUUAUCUGCCGUAAUCCUGGUAGCGGUGUACAUUCCACCCCUAGCAAACGACAAGCUGCCACUGGGGAAGCUGAGCACCGUGAUCAACAGUCACGAGACAGUGCACCCUGAUGCCUUCCCGAUCAUUGCAGGGGACUUCUACUGGGCUAACUUGAAGAAGUUCCUGACCAAUUACCACCAACACGUCACCUGCAAAACCAGAGGAGCCAACACACUGUAUCUCUGUAACACCACCAUCAAGAAUGCCUACCAUGCCAUCCCGCGUCCGCACUUUAGCAAGUCUGAUCAUCUGGCUGUACUUCUACUCCCAGCAUCUAGACAGAGACUGAGGGCCGCAGCACCAGUCGUGAGGACUGCGAAGAUAUGAUCAAGAGAAGCAGAGGACAGUUUACAGGACUGUUUGAAUUGGUGGACAGGACCAUAUUCAGGGAUUCAUCCUCUGAUCUGAAUGAAUAUGCCACAGCUGUCACUGACUUCAUCAAGACUUCCGUGGACGGGUGUGUGCCUUUGAAAACAUACCAAGUUUUCCCAAACCAGAAGCCCUGGAUGAAUGAAGAGAUUCGCAGUCUGCUAAGGGCGAGAUCUGUGGUAUUCAAGUCCGGCGAUCCAGAAUCCUACAAGAAGUCCAGCUACGACCUACGGAAGGUCAUCGUGAGAGCGAAAAGGCAAUUCCAUAUGAAGUUAGAGAGACAAUUGGACACACGACAGCUGUGGCAGUGUUUGCAUGCCAUUACUUUCUAUAAAGCGAAACCUAACUAAAUGGCAGUAAUGAUUCAAUCCUCAAUGAGCUCAACACCUUUUAUGCACACUUCAAAAAGGAGAAUAACACUACGCCUGUGUGAAUCCCCACAGCAUCCGACGACCCAGUGAUCUCUGUCUCAGAGGUUGAUGUCCAAACAUCUUUCAAGAGGGUGAACCCUCACAAGGCGUCAGGCCCCGACAGUGUACCUUGCUGGGUAUUGAAAACCUGUGCCGACCAACUGGAUGGAGUAUUCAAGGAUAUCUUCAACCUUUCAUUGCUGCAGUCUGAGGUUCCCACCUGCUUCAAGAGGGCAGCAAUCAUUCCAGUACCCAAGAAGAGCAGGGUGAGCUGCCUCAAUGACUGUCAGCCGCUAGCACUCACAUCCACUGUGAUGAAAUGCUUUGAGAGGUUGGUUAUAGUUAGAAUUAACUCCUGCCUGAACAAGGACCUGAACCCACUGCAAUUCGCCUACCACCACAACAGGUCUACAGCAGGCACAAUCUCACUGGUUCUUCACUCUGCUUUGGAGUACCUAGAUAACUGCAAGACAUACAUCAGGCUACUGUUUAUCAAUUACAGCUUGGCGUUCAACACUAUAAUUCCCUCAGAACUAAUAACCAAGCCUCAAAACCAGGGCCUCUGUACCUCCCUCUGCAACUAGGUCCUCCAUUUCCUUGUAGGGAGACCACAGUCAGUACAGAUCAGUAAUAACAUCUGCUUGCUAUCAAGGAUGUCUACUUAGCCCACUGCUCUACACUCAUGACUGUGUGGCUAAGUACAGCUCAAAGGCCAUCUAUAAAUUUGCUGAUGACACUACUUUUGUUGGUAGAAUCUCAGACGGCAAUGAGGAGGCUUGCAGGAGUGAGAUAAAUCGGCUGGUUGAGUGGUGUCGCAACAACAACAACCUCGCAGUCAAUGUCAGCAAGACAAAAGAACUGAUUGUGGACUUCAGAAAGGGGAAGUCAGGAGAACACACACCAAUCCUCAUUGAGGGGUCAUCAGUGAAAAGGGUAAGCAGCUUCAAGUUCCUGGGCGCCAACAUCUCAGAAGAUCUAUCCUGGGCCCAACACAUUGAUGCAAUCAUGAAGAAGGCACACCAGUGGCUCUACUUCAUUAGGAGUUUGAGGAGGUUUGGCAUGUCACCAAAGACUCUUACAAAUCUCUAUAGAUAUACGGUGGAGCGUAUCCCGACUGGUUGCAUCAGAGCCUGGUAUGGAGGCUCCAAUGUGUAGGAUAGCAAGAGGCUGCAGAGGGUUGUAGACUCAGCCAGCUCCAUUACAGACACAACCCUCCUCACCAUUGAGGACAUCUUCAAGAGGCGGUGCCCCAAGAAGGCAGCAUCUAUCAUUAAGGACCCUCACCAUCCGGAACAUGCCCUCUUCUCAUUACUACUAUCAGGGAGGAGGUACAGGAGCCUGAAGACCCACACUCAACAAUUCAGGAACAGCUUCUUCACCUCUGCCAUCAGGUUUCUGAACAGUCCAUGAACCCAUGAACACUACCUCAUUAUUCCGUUUUUGUCUGCACUAUUUAUUUAUUUUUGUAACAUAGAUUUUAUGUCUUGCACUGUACUGCUGCUGCAAAACAACAAAUUUCACAUCCUGUGUCAGUGAUAAUAAACCUGAUUCUGAUUUUCAAAGCAAA